AUGAUGCACGACUCCACUGCAAGGGUCCAAGCCCCUCCACAGGGCGACGGGCUGGGAACCAAUGGGAAAGCGCGCUUCCCUGGCAUCAUCCCCUUUUCGAGCGUCGCGACUGCAGCCAAGGCCAUGGUGUUGCCCUUGGAGCGACGGUUGAACACGAUUUACUUGGCAAAUGCUCAAUCUCGAACGGGCGUGACGGGCGACGACGACGAGCAGACUCAGCACCUGCACCAGACGGGCAGCCUUGCCACAAAGCGGGGGUUCGACUCGACAUGGAACCCUUUGCGGCUGCGAUUUCCAAACACCGUCCCUGGUCGCCAAGAUUUAGACCUGUCAGGCAAAACGCCAACCUGUGACGAGGCGGAGCCUGCAGUGGGCGUUGUGGGCGCACACCAGCAUCAGGUACCGUGGUACAACAACUCUUUGCUUUCUCUUGUUUGGGCAACGUGCUCGCUCGAGGACCUUGGCCAGCCAGGAACGGGAGAACCACAAACGCUUGUGGGUGCUGCCAGCCCAACUGCGGCCACGAUCGCUCCCGGAUUAAUGGAUCGCAUCGCCCUACCAUGCGGCGGCUCGCUUGUCUGGGCGCCCAAGCCACCCCCGGUCGUGAUUGUGGCUGGCGGCCGACUCAUGCUAGCUGCCCUGAAAUGCGCCCUGAACGUGCUCGAGAGAGAGUUGCGGUACCUGCGUCCAGCAUCAGAUGCCGGGUUCCGGCUUCCCACCCACAGACGUCGCGGGCUAGAAACGGUGGCGGCUGCCGCUCCUGCUGGCCAGCCCGCACGCACCCAAUCCCACCCCGCGCCUGCAGGAAGGCCCGGCCGCGUUGAGGCAGGAAGCUUUUCAAGAUUGCCGCCCCCCCAGCCGCCACUCCUGCCAGAUUAG